ACGUUCAUAGCUGUCACACGCACAGAACAUAGCCUUUACGUCUCGAACAGGUCAUAUCAGCCGACAACGUUCGCAAUCAAACAUACCAGACAUUACACACGGCCUUUCUACCUCAUCCGCUGAGUUGUUUCCGUUCCAUCCUAUAUGAUGUCCCAACAAACCGCUCCUCGGUCCAUCCUGUCUACUGCCCAGUUGCAACCUCGGAACGGGAAUAGUACUCUGCUGUCUCUCAAUCAAGACAUCAUGUACGCCACACUGAAUCUGCUCUCGCCCAAGGACGCUCUCUGUCUCAGUCUUGUCUCUCGUGCUCUUCACGAGCCCGCGCGCCGUCGCGCCUUAUCCGAAAUAACUAUCGGAUCUUUUUCUGCUCUCUAUAGCAUGUGUGCCUAUAUGCUUGAGGAUCCCCCCAAUCGUCUGCACUGGAUACGUAGUCUGACCAUCACAUUCGGAGCGAAUAUUGUCACUGAUGAUGAAAGUCAUCUGACUGACCAUUAUCGUCUGUCACUUCUCGCAAAGCUCCUUGCGCUUGCGCAAGGAUUGAGGCAUCUAUCCUUGUCAUGGAUACGUGCACUGUACGAAACAUGCCCGAAAGUCUGCGAUUCUUUGGUCAGCCUGCCGAAUCUCGAUCACCUGGAGCUCCAUGGAGAAGCUUUUGCACUAAUCGCGAGACUUCGAAGCUCACCGAAGACGCUCAAGCUAUCGGCUGCGAGAGAUUCUGACCCAUUCGGUGACUUCUUGUCAGAUGCAUUCCCCGCGCUGUCAACGUCAACGGUUGAGACGCUCGAAAUCGACGAAAUGACGGAUAACAGCUGGCCAGUGGCUUAUCCCGAUUUCUUUCGCGGUUUGCGUCGACGGCUAUCUGUGCGGCAUCUCGCGGUCGAAGGACGCACGUCCCUCCCCCUCCUUGCAUGUAUAUUCCCGAACUUGCGGACUCUACGACUCGAUGGUGUGAUUCUGACCGACAUGCACAAGGCCUUUCACAACAUAGACGUACCAUGGUGGUCGCAGCUCGACCAUCUCUAUAUUGACGUCCGCCUCAGUCACAUGCAAGAAUGGCCAUUGCAAUAUCCGACCCAUUAUGUGCAGCUUCUCGGAUGUGGCUAUUUACACCAUAAUCGUGACGAAGCUCUAGACGUCAUACGGAAAACAUCCCCUGUCAUGCUUGCGUGCGUUGUCGUGCACUGUCAACAGAUGGCCUUCUAUGAGACACUGGCCUGGAGCGCCACUCGCCUGCAGUGCCUUCAGCUAACUUUUUCAUAUGUUACACAAUCGACAGAAAGGUUAUUUGAAUUACUGAAUGACGUCACGAGUUCCUUUGCGUCUUCUCAAGUGCAUACUCUGCAGAUCCUUGUCAAUGAUCAGCACUAUCAGACUUGGAUCAAGUCCCUGCUUGAGCCCUAUUUGCUCCCAUUUAUCCGGGUCAUGUCUUCGUUACGUUACUUCUCUCUUGGAGUAGGCAACCUCCAUGCAUUUGGGAAUAACUACAGAGGGAUCAUCUGGUGGUGGCGCGUAGAGCGCACUGCAGGAGACAAAGCAAACGACGUUGAAACAGACACGGUCAUUUUGGAGCAAGUGAAGACGAUUAUCGGAGAAGCGCUUCUGGACAAGAUGCGCCAGCCGCGCGAGCAUGAUAUUGAGGAACUUGACGCAACGAUGCAAGCAGGGAUCAUCCGGCGCGCAGAGGACGAUGAUACCCCAUCCCUCCUGUCUCCCAGCUCACAUUUGCGCAUGAAUGUUGCUGUUUCGUGAUGCGAGGAAUUUGUACGAUAGCUCAGUUUUACAGGAUGUCAGGACAAUUCGAAAAAGAUGCCGUUGGGUGGUCUUUCGCAUGGGCACCUCGCCCCCUUAUUCAGAUCUGAGACCGCAUUGGCACGAAAAGGGAACUCGAUAUAUCAUAAGCUACGAUACAGGACAAUCCGGGAUUUGACACCUUCCCACGAUACCGUGCCCCAAAGACAUGGCUCGACCCGGAGAGAGGACAACACUAGCGACCCUCGGUCGCGCAUCUAAUUCAUAACGGAGGAGAAAUAUCAGAUAUUAGCACAGGAGUAAUCGGCUGCAGAGACAGAGCUUUGGCAGCGGUCUUCAUAAUGGAGGAGGAAUACU